AUGCUGAGUCAAAAAAAUUUAUUAGUUGGUGAAGAAGAUUUCAAUUUAAAUAAAUUUCGAGAUUCUUUGUAUCUUAGAAUGUCAAGUCCGAGCUAAUCAAAAUUGAGUAGUGUAAAAAAGGAAGAAAAUUCAGUUAAGAAAUCAGCGAAAAAUUCAAUGCAUACUGAUGUACAGCACCGAAAAAGCGUGCCAUCAUUUGAUGAAUUAUUGAAAACAAUGAAUACAAGUAAUGGUCCUGUCUAAAAAUAAAAUACUUCUAAUCACAAAAGAAAUAUCACUGAUUCAUCUCGAAAGAUGAGUGGUAUAUAUAAUAAGAUUGAAUGUUUGGGAAAUAAUGAGGUUAAUCAAAUAACCAAAUUAUCAUAACCAUUCAUUUCUAAUACUCCUCUAGCAGUAUCAAAUAAUUAGCAACCCAAAAGGACAACCUUCUCGAGUAGCAUUGCAGAAAAACCUGUUUUUUCAAAGGGAAAUGGGAAAUCUCUUAUGGAUAAAUUGUCUUUAAAAGAGCUGAUGGAAAUUCGCAGUAAAAUAGAUAAUAGUACAUAAUCGGAAGUGCAUGAAUUAUCUGCAAAUUAUGUGCAAGAAUUAUUAAAAUUAUCUUAAAUCAUUAUUAAGUAAGUAAGGCAUAUAAAGCAUUGA